GUCGGCUUCCGGGAUGUGGUCGGUUCUUUGUCUCUCGCUGUAGCCGGAGGUAAAGGCCUUGUCCUUACUGCUGUGUGCCCUCUGCUCCUAGAGUCCCAGCCUCUGUGGCCCUAUGACCUGCAGGUAUUGGGAGAUCCACAACUAAGUCGCCAGGGCCCCCUGGAAGCCUAGAAAUGGUCUCCUCCCAGGGUGACAGAAGACUGAAAACUUAAAGGAGAUCUGAUGACAAACCCCCUUUUGCCACAGCUGCCAGCAGAGGAUUUCCACCCACUCACAAACACCCACUAGACAUUGAUGUGUCCACACCCCUCUCCGGACAAGGCACCACCCUGAGGAAUUUUACCACAGCAUUUUUGAUCCUAGUGGUUUUUUUGGCCAAAAACCUACAAAAGUAUCUACAAGUCUCCUGGCAUAUCCCUAUUUUCAGACACGGAAUGUGCAGUAGCAUCCUGUUUUCUCCACCAGCCUAGGGUUCUCGACCUAGGUUUCUCCACCAGCCUAGGAUUCAUAAUCUUAUCUGGCUGCAUGGACCCAGAAAUGAAUCGCAGUACAGCCCCACCUGGGCCACUAUCUAUAGCACAAACCAGUCCUUCCACCUGCAUUGCACUUUCUCCAAUCGAGGGAUUUUUUUCUUUUAACUUUUAUUUUUGGUUGGUUCAGGGGUACAUGUGCAGGUUUGUUAUACAGCUAAAAUUGUGUCAUGGGAGUUUGGUCUGGAGAUUAUUUUGUCACUGCAGUACUAAUCAUAGCACCAAAAAGGGAGCAUUGACAUUUAGGGAUGUGGCCAUAGAAUUCUCUCUGGAGGAGUGGCAAUGCCUGGACUCUACACAGCAGAAUUUAUAUAGGAAUGUGAUGUUAGAGAACUACAGAAACCUGGUCUUCCUGGGUAUUGCUGCCUUUAAGCCAGACCUGAUCAUUUUUCUGGAGCAAGGAAAAGAGCCCUGGAAUAUGAAGAGACAUGAGAUGGUGGAAGAACCCCCAGUUAUAUGUUCUCAUUUUUCUCAAGAGUUUUGGCCAGAGCAAGACAUAGAAGAUUCUUUCCAAAAAAUGAUAUUGAGAAGAUACGACAAAUGUGGACAUGAGAAUUUACACUUAAAAAUUAGUUGUACCAAUGUAGAUGAGUGUAACGUGCACAAAGAAGGUUAUAAUAAACUUAACCAGAGUUUAACAACUACACAGAGCAAAGUAUUUCAAUGUGGCAAAUAUGCAAACAUCUUUCAUAAAUGUUCAAAUUCAAACAGACAUAAGAUAAGGCAUACUGGAGAGAAAGGUUUGAAAUGUAAAGAAUAUGUCAGAUCAUUUUGCAUGCUUUCACACCUAUCUCAACAUGAAAGAAUUUAUACCAGAGAGAAUUCCUACAAAUGUGAAGAAAAUGGCAAAGCUUUUAACUGGUCCUCAACCCUUACUUAUUAUAAGAGUAUUCAUACUGGAGAGAAACCCUACAAAUGUGAAGAAUGUGGCAAAGCCUUUAGUAAGUUCUCAAUCCUUACUAAACAUAAGGUAAUUCAUACUGGAGAGAAACCCUACAAAUGUGAACAAUGUGGCAAAGCUUUUAAUCGAUCCUCAAUCCUUACUAAACAUAAGAUAAUUCAUACUGGAGAGAAACCCUACAAAUGUGAAGAAUGUGGCAAAGCUUUCAACUCGUCCUCAAAUCUUACAGAACAUAAGAGAGUUCAUACUGGAGAGAAACCCUACAAAUGUGAAGAAUGUGGCAAAGCCUUCAGCUGGUCCUCAAGCCUUACUGAACACAAGAGAAUUCAUGCUGGAGAGAAACCCUAUAAAUGUGAAGAAUGUGGGAAAGCUUUUAAUCGAUCCUCAAUCCUUACUAAACAUAAGAUAAUUCAUACUGGAGAGAAACCCUACAAAUGUGAAGAAUGUGGCAAAGGCUUUAGUAGCGUCUCAACCCUUAAUACACAUAAGGCAAUUCAUGCUGAAGAGAAGCCCUACAAAUGUGAAGAAUGUGGCAAAGCUUCCUACUCGUCCUCAAAGCUCAUGGAACAUAAGAGAGUUCAUACUGGAGAGAAACCCUACAAGUGUGAAGAAUGUGGCAAAGCCUUCAGCUGGUCCUCAAGCCUUACUGAACACAAGAGAAUUCAUGCUGGAGAGAAACCCUACAAAUGUGAAGAAUGCGGGAAAGCUUUUAAUCGAUCCUCAAUCCUUACUAAACAUAAGAUUAUUCAUACUGGAGAGAAACCCUACAAAUGUGAAGGAUGUGGCAAAGUCUUUAGUAAGGUCUCAACCCUUAAUACACAUAAGGCAAUUCAUGCUGAAGAGAAGCCAUACAAAUGUGAAGAAUGUGGCAAAGCUUCCAACUCAUCCUCAAAGCUCAUGGAACAUAAGAGAAUUCAUACUGGAGAGAAACCCUACAAGUGUGAAGAAUGUGGCAAAGCCUUCAGCUGGUCCUCAAGCCUUACUGAACACAAGAGAAUUCAUGCUGGAGAGAAACCCUACAAAUGUGAAGAAUGUGGCAAAGCCUUCACCUGGUCCUCAAGCUUUACUAAACACAAGAGAAUUCAUGCUGCAGAGAAACCUUACAAAUGUGAAGAAUGUGGCAAAGGCUUUAGUACGUUCUCAAUCCUUACUAAACAUAAGAUAAUUCAUACUGGAGAGAAACGCUACAAAUGUGAAGAAUGUGGCAAAGCCUUCAGCUGGUCCUCAAUCCUUACUGAACAUAAGAUAAUUCAUACUGGAGAGAAACCCUACAAAUGUGAAGAAUGUGGCAAAGCCUUCAGCAGAUCCUCAAGCCUUACUAGACACAAGAGAAUUCAUACUGGAGAGAAACCCUACAAAUGUGAAGAAUGUGGCAAAGCUUUUAAGUCAUCCUCAACUGUUAGUUAUCAUAAGAAAAUUCAUACUGGAGAGAAUCCCUAAAAAUGUGAAGAAUGUGGCAAAGCCUUCAGCUGAUUCUCAGUCUUUAGUAAACAAGAAAUUCAUACUGGAGAGAAAAUCUACAAAGGUGAAGAAUGUGGCAAAGCUUUUAAACAGUCCUCAACCUUUAUUACACAUAAGAAAAUUCAUGCUGGAGAGAAACACUACAAACGUGAAGAAUGUGACAAAGGCUUCAACCGGUCCUCAAACCUUGUGGAACAUAAGAGAAUUCAUACUGGAGAGAAACCCUACAAAUGCGAAGAAUGUGAUAAAGACUUCAACUGGUCCUCACACCUUACUACUCAUAAAAGAAUUCAUACUGGAGAAAAGCCCUACAAAUGUGAAAAACGUGGCAAAGCUUUUCAUUAGUUCUCAACCCUUACUGAACAUAAAGGAAUUUAUACAGGAGGGAAACCCUACAAAUGUGAAGAAUGUGGCAAGCCUUUUAGCUAUUCCUCAAUCCUUACUAAACAUUCAGUAAUUCAUACUGGAGGGAAUUCCUACAAUUGUGUGGAAUGUGGCAAAGCCCUUAACCAGUCCUUAAGGCUUACUACAUAUAAGACAACUCAUACUGGAGAGAAACCAUGCAUGUGUGAAGAAUGUGGGAAAGCCUCUAACAGAUCCUCAAUUCUUAAGAAACAAGCUAAUUCAUACAUGAGAGACUCUACAAACCUGAAAGAUGUGACAAUGCUUUUGGCAACACCUCAGACUUUUCUGAAUAUAAAAGAAAUCAUAUGAAUGAGAAAUCCUAGAAAUGUGAAGAAUGUGACAAAGCCUUUAAAUGGCUGUCACACUUGAUUGUAGGUAAGAUAAUAUACUGGAGAAAACUACUAGAAUAAACAAUGUGGCACACAUUUAACCAAUACUCAUGCCUUAUUGCAAAGGAAAGCAUUUAUAUACUAGCCUGGGCAACAGAGAGACUGUCUGGGAAAAAAAAAUUGUGAAUGCCACUAAUAUCUUCUCACAUCUUAUUCAACAUCAGAGAGUUCAUGCUAAAUAAAGUAUUAAAAGUGCAAUUAUUGUCACUAGAUCUUUCAGAAAAUAAAAGCCCUUAAAAUACAGAAGAAUAUUUAUUUUGAGUAAAAACAUUACAAAUAUAAAGAGGGUUGUAGUGCCUUUACUUGUAUCACAGAUUUUAUUGUACACAUUUUGUACUACAGGAAAACCUCAGGUAGUUGUUCCAACUUUGCUCAACAUCAGGGAAUUUAUAUUGAAUGACUGUGCAAAUUUAAUAAAUUUGGAAAAACAUUUUUACAAAAACUACAGAAUUAUAAAACACAAAAGAGUUUAUACUAAAAUAUAUCUUUGCAGAUACAGUAAAUAUAAAAAUAUUUAAUCCAAAAUUGUUUAUGUAAAUAUAGAUAAUUCACAGUAGAAAUACCUAUCUCUCAAACUUCAGACAUUACACUAAAUCAGACUGCUGAGUAUAGGAAAAAAUCCAAAACUAAAGUUGUUAAAAAGAAAAGUUAUUUGUAUAUGACUUUGAAAGAAGUAGACCUUUGAAAAGUUACAUUUACAUUUAAAGUAUACUUUUAUCUUAAAAAUACCGAUUUUUUUUUUUUUUUUUUUUUUUUUUUUUUGCCAGACACAGUGGCUUACACCUGUAAAGCCAAUACUUUGUGAUGCCAAGAUGGGCAGAUCACCUGAGGUCAGGAGUUCAAGACCAGCCUGGCCAACAAGGUGGAACCCCAUAUCUACUAAAAAUAAAUACAAAAAUUAGCCAAGCAUGGUGGUGCACACCUGUAGUCCCAGCUACUUGGGAGGCUGAGGCAUGAGAAUCACUUGAACCUGGGAGCCAGAGGUUUCAUUGAGCUGAGAUUUUGCCACUGCACUGAAGCCCGGGUGAUAAUGAGAUUGUCUCAAAAGAAAAAAAAAAGCUUAUUUGGAAACUGAAUAAUGAUGGAAUUCAACUCUUAAAUUGCUUCAUGCUAUUUCUUCAUUUCUCUUGUAUUCCCAUAUAAAAGCAUGUGAUCAAUUCUUUCUGCAUCAAAGAUUUGGGAGACUUUUUACGUGGUCAUUACGACAUUUCUUAUGGAUGACUAAGGACAUUAAAAUGUAAGAUGCAUGAUGAAAAUCUAAGUAGGAAGGCUAUUUGUGAUUAACUUAUAGAAUUGAGUGAUGUAUGAGGUAGGCAUUCAGAGUUUUGUUUUGUUUUGUUUUGUUUUUUUGAGAGGGAAUCUCACUCUGUUUCCCAGGCUGGAGUGCAGUGGUAUGAUCUCAGCUCACUAUAAGCUCCUCCUCCCAGGUUCAAGAUAUUCUCCUGUCUCAGCCUCCCAAGAAGCUGAGAUGACAGGUGCCCACAACCACAUCCAGCUAAUUUUUGUAUUUUAGUAAAACAAGGUUUUGCCAUGUUGGCCAGGCUGUUCUUGAACUUUUGACCUCAUGUGAUCUGUCUGCCUUGGCCUCCCAAAGUGCUGUGAUAAUAGGUGUGAGCCACUGCUCCUGGCUCUAAGUGAUAUACUAAUGUAGUAUUAUGAGAGAAUAUCAUGCUUAAUUAUAGUUAACAUUAAUUAAAUUAGUAUGUCAUUUUAUUAAUUGUACUUUUAUGUGAUAAAAUUACAUUUUUAAAGUUUUAGAUUAUGUGUUAAUUUUUUAUUUCAACAUUUAUAACAUGUUAAAUACUGUUAUACAUUCAAUAAAGUGUUAUUAUGCCACUAGUUUUAACCUAUCCCACCUUACUUAAGGGUAUAUUUAAAAGAUGAUAACAAUACACUAUUUGGUAACAUAAUAGACUAACAUCUCUAGUAUUCUUUUUCAGUGGCUUUUAAACUGCAAAUAAGUUAAAGAAUAUGGUUCCUGCAGGUUAAAUUUUUUUUACAUUUAAAUUUUUCUUAGUUUUUGUGUGUACAUAAUAUGUGUAUACAUUUAUGCCAUAGAUGGCAUAUUUUGAUACAGUCAUACAAUAUAUAAUAAUCACAUUGUGAUAAAUAAGGUACCUAUAAUCUCUGGCUUUUAUGUUUUGUAUUACAAACCAAUUCAACAGUCUUAGUUAUUCUAAAUUGUACAAUUGUUAUUGACUACAUGGUUAUUUUUAUGGUCAUCAUAAAAAUUGUAAAUAAGUGUAAAUAAAAUCAAUAUAUUUCUGAGUCCUGAAUAAUUUUCAAAAAUUUAUUAUGUAUUUUUUGCACAUGUGGCCUCUGCCUGAAAGCACAUAAUCGAGUUUUAGUUUUGACUUACAUAGAGUUAAAUAUACACAUCUAUUAGUCUAAAGAUAUAACUUAGGUUUAAGGAGUAAGUGUGUUUGUUUGACUGUAAGUUUGUAACUAUUUUCAGGAGAAAAGAGGAAUAUUGUAACCACAAAGCAUUUUAAUAAGAUGUCUAAUUUACUAGGAAACAAAAAUCCUCAAAAAUGCUAAAAGGAAAUGUAGGCUGGGCGCGGUGGCUCACGCCUGUAAUCCCAGCACUUUGGGAGGCCGAGGCGGGCAGAUCACGAGGUCAGGAGAUCGAGACCCCUGACCUCUACUAAACCCCGUCUCUACUAAAAAUACAAAAAUUAAAAAAAUAAAAUAAAAGCAAAUGUAUAUUCUCUGCUUUGUAUUCAAUUUAUACACCUAUCUUAUAGCUUAUCAUUUAGAAUAUUUCCAUGUAAAUUUUGUUUUUACUUGCAUGAUACUCAUGCUAGACCCAUAAUCUUUUUGUUUCUUAUUUUUUUGUUUUAUAGUUUAUGAAGUAUUUAUCUGAGCUGAUUUGUAGUUAAAAGAAUAAUUUUUGUAAAAUUUCAUCAUGCACACAAAAUUAUUUUUGCACACAAAAUUAUUUUUGGAUAUAAUUCCACAAUUUGUGUAUUGUUACAUUUUAUUUAGUUAAAACAUUCCAUUAGCUUCUAUGGGAGAACCCUAUAUAAGCUUACUUUUCUUUAGUUAUUGUUCCCUUAACUUUUUAUAAGUAACAAAAGUAAAUUUUAUUUAUUGAGUCAAUUUGUUUCAGUAAGUACUAGGGAAGCUUCAUAAGUCAUGUGGAUGCUUUUAUAUAUAAAUGUAGCAAACAAACAUGACAGUGCUCAGUGUGUAACAGAUGCUUUAUAAUUAGUCAUAAAUAUUCCUGCUGAAGUUAGUUUAUAACUUCAAGUCAGAGAUGGAAAAUACAAAUUGUGAAGAAAUAACAUUGAUUCUUCAUGUGAGGAGAACAUCUUUUUCCAGGCUGCAAAGCUGAAUCUUGCUGAAUUUAAAGAGAACUGCUUCAUUCAUGUCGUAAUUAUCUAAGUUUUGUCUUUUUAUGUGCACUCAAACCAUAUAUGCAUCACAGUCCUUUUUCUGUGUUAUGGCUACAGUUUUCUCACUGUUGUUUUCAUGCCAUGCGAUUUCACAUGGUAUGUUGUAGGUUUUAAGGAGAACAUCAGUAUUUUUUAAUGCACUGAAACAUUGGUUUUAACUGGAAAGUUUGCUUAUCAGUAUAACUUUAAGAUUGGUUAAUUAACAUAAAAGACAUACACUGUCUACCGAAGAGAGGAUUAAAUCAACAUGGUGUUUCUUUGUAAAAGAAAAAUAUUAGAUUUUUAUACAUAGUGUGGCAAAUACAUAAUUUGCUAGACCAUAUGUAUAUUAUAAAGAUUCAAUUUUUAAGAGAAUAGUAAGCAAUUUUAAAUUUAGUUAUUUAGGAUGUACCUACAACCUACAUUUCCACGCAAAAUUGUCUAUUUUAAAGUGUGAAUGUUAAAGGUUGCAAAACAAUAAAAUAACCUGUAAGUUUGGAAUAAUAUUUAUUUUCCAUAUUGAUACUACAAUUUGGAGAAAUUUAUCGCUCACUUUUUAAAUAAAUUUUUUAGUGGCUGAAGUUUAGUCUACAGUUUAUAUUGUUGGUCACCUAAGUGUAGUGAUCUCCUUGAUCAUUUUCUCUGAAAACUUUUGGAGAUAAUGGCAGCUUUUGGAUUAAAACAUUUCCUGUGAGUUUGCAUGCAAACCACAGCGAUCACACAGUGGCCAGUCAUGGGAGCAUAAGCAACCUGCCCUUUUCCUGUCUUUUGUACUGUUACCAUAAGCACCAGUAACUCCAGGUGCCCCAAGCUUAAAAUAAAAGCCCUAAAGUCAUUGGCUUCUCCCAUGCCCUGUGCUGGGUUCAGAACAUGCUGUUGAACAUCAGCGUUCCUAUGGUUAUGACUGGCAAAACAGCUAAAAAACUAUACGAUAGGAUUCUGCUAAGUUUUAUAAAAGAGACAGUAUUUGGAACAUUGUUAUCCUUCUAUAGUGUCUAAAAAUAUAUUUUUAACUUGACAAAAUGUAUUUAUUUUAUAAAACAACAUUAUGAAGUGUAUAUACAUUGUCAAAUGCUUAGUUCUAUGUGAUUAAUGCUUUGUCUCAUUGGUAACAUUUUUGUGGUUAGACAACAUGAAAUUGUAAGCAUUUUUCAAAAAUACAAAUGCAUUAUUAUGAACUAUAGUCACCAUGCUGUACAAUAAAUCUCUGGAAAUUAUUUCUUUUAUCCAAGUAUAAUUAUAUAUUCUUUGACAGACAUCUUUCAAUGCCCCUAUUUCUUCUAAAUACCUUGGCACUUGGUGGUCACCAUUUUACUCUCUACGUCAAUGAGAUGAACAUUUUUAGAAGCCAUGUGUAAGUGAAAUCAUGAGACAUGAAUCUUUCUGUGCCUUGCUUAUUUCAACUAAUAUAAUGUCCUCCAGGUUAAUCCCUGUGAUUGAAAAUAACAGAAUUUUUGUUGUUUAAAGAUGAAUAGUAUUCCAUUGUGUAUAUCUACCACAUUGUCUUUAUUUACUCAUUAGAUGUUGAACUGUUGAUUUUAUAUAUUUUACAUGUGAAGAGUGCUGCAAACAACCUAGAAGUGCAAAUGUUUCUUCAUUCUGAUUUCAUUUGUUUUGGAUAUACAGUGGUGCAAUUGUUAUAUGGUAGUUUGAUUUUUAAGUUUUUUAAGAAAACUCUAUUAAGUUUUUCAUAAUGGCUGUCCUCACUUACAUUCAAACAAAUAGUGUGCAAGCAUUUUCUUUUCUUCAGAUUUCUACCAACACGUUUUCUUCUUAAUUAGAGUCAUUCUAACAGAAGCGAGUUGAUAUCUCAUAGUUUUUCUUUUUUUUUUUGCUUGUCUUUCCCUGAUAAUAAUUGACAUUGAGCAUUUUAAAAAUAUAUCUGUUGGCCAUAUGUAUGUCUUUUUCUGAAAAAUAUUUAAGCCUUUUUCUCAUUUUUAAUAGUUACUUGUUUUUUGUUGUAUAGUCAUUUGAGUUUGUUACAUAGUUUUGAUAUUAAUCCCUUGUCACAUUUAUGAUUUGCAAAUAUUUCCUUCCAUUUUUUGGUUGUCUCAUCCUGUUGAUUGUAUUAUGUUCUUUGCAGCAGUUUUUUAAUUUAAAUAAUCUGAUUGAUCUAUUUUUUUCAUUUUGCUCCUUGAGACUUGAGGUCAAAUUUUAAAAUUCACUGCCCAACCAAUGUUACAGGGCUUUCAGUCUUUAUUUUUUGUAGUAGUUUCAGAGUUUUAGACCUUACAUUUAAGUAUCAAAUUUGUUUUGUGUUUUUAUUUUAUUUAAAUAUCUAAUUUAUUUAUAUAUGGUGUGAGUUGAGGGUCUUAUUAUAUUCCUCUGCACAUGGAUAUAAAGUUUUCUCAACACCAUUUAUUGAAGAUACUGCCUUUUCCCUAAGAAAUUGCCACCUUUAUUUAAAAAGCAGAUGGCUGUAAAUACAUCAGUAUAUUUUAGUCUCCUUUUUCUUCUCUACUGGCCUGUGUGUCUGUUUUUAUGCAAGUACCGUACUUUUUUUUUUUUUUUUUUACUAAAACUUUUAAUAUAUUUCAAAGUCAGGUAGUGAUACCUUCACUUUUUCUAUGGCUUGGUUGUUUUGGCUGUUCAGGUUCUCUUGUGGUACCCUAUAAAUUUUAGAUGUAGUUUUUUAAAUUUGUUAAUUAUAUCACUGGUAUUUUGAUAGAGGUUGCAUUAUAUCUGUACAUCAUUUUGUAUAAUACAGAUGUUUAACAAUAUUAGUAAUGCCAAUUUAUGAAGGAGUAAUAUUUUCCAAUUGUGUAUUAAUUUCUGUCAUUUCAUUUAGAGAUAGUUGUCAAUAUAUAGAAAUUCUACUGACACUUGGAUGUUGCUUUUGUAUUCUGCAAGUUCAAUAAAUUUGUUUAUUAGUCCUACUAAUUUUUAGUAAUGUCUUAGGCUUUUGUUUACUUAAGAUUAUGUAUAGAAAUAAAAAAUUGCAAAGGAAUAAUUUAACAAUUUUUCUAAUCUCAGCGCUUUGAUUUUAUUUUCUAAUUUUUCUGUCUUGGAUAGUUCAUACUAUGUUUAAUAAGACUGAAGAAAGUGGGCAUUUUUGUCUUCUUGCUCUUAGAGUAAAAGUUUACAAGAUUUCCCUGUUUAGUAUGUUAUUAGCUGUGCUUUUUGUUUGUUUGUUUGUUAUAUGUGGCAUUUAUUGGCUUGAGGUUCGUUUGUCCUAUACCUACUUUUUUCAGAAAUUUAUCAUGAAGGAAUGUUGAAUUUUGUUUAACUCUUAUUCUGCAUUUAUUUAGAUGUUAGAGAUGUGAAAUCACAUCUAAUUCUACAUAGAUUUAAAAAUAUUCUCAGAGACUUCUAUGAACAUGCAUGCAAAGUAGAAGAUUUAGAGAAAGUAGAUAAACUCCCGGAUGCACAAGACUUCUCAAGAUUGAACCAGAAAAUCAGAAGUCUUUUUUUUGUUGUUGUUUUGUUGUUGUUUGUUUUUGUUUUGUUUUGUUUUGUUUUUGAGAUGGAGUCUCACUCGGUCACCCAGGCUGGAAUGCAGUGGCAUGAUCUUGGCUCACUGCAAGCUCUGCCUCAUGGGUUCAUGCCAUUCUCCCACCUCGGACUCCCAAUUAGCUGGGCUAUAGGCUCCCGCCACCAAGCCCGGCUAAUUUUUUGUAUUUUUAGUAGAGGCGGGGUUUCACCAUUUUAGCCAGGAUGGUCUCGAUCUCCUUACUUCGUGAUCUGCCCACCUUGUCCUCCCAAAGUGCUGGGAUUACAGGCCUGAGCCACCGCACCUGGCCUAAUAACAGCAAUCUUUAACAACAAAAAUGUAUAAGAUGUAUAAUGACAUUUAAUAAGUAAUAAUAGACCUACUAAUCAUAAAAAGCCCUGGAUCAUAUGAAAUCACAGACAAGUUUUACCACAUAUACAAAGAUAAGCUGGUCCUAAGCCUACUGAAUGUAUUCCAAAAAAUCAAGGUGGGUCUUCACCCUAACUAGUUAUAUGAAAUCAGUGAAAUAUAUGAAACUAAAAUCUAGUGAAGACACAACGAAAACAGAAACUACAGUUCAAUAUUCUGGGUGAAUAUUGGAACAAUAAUCCUCCAUGAAAUACUAGCAAACUGAAUUCAAAAGCAAAUCAGAAAGUUAUUUUGCUACAAUGAUGUGAACUUUAUUCCAUAAAUGCAAAGAUGUUUCAUCAUAUGCAAGUCAAUAAGUAUGAUUCACCAUGUAAAUAUAAAAUAAAAAAUAUUUAAUUAACACAAUGGGGCAGAAAAGGCAUUCAAGAAAAUCCAAUAUUGACUCAUAAAAAUAUUGUCAACACACUAGACAUUGAUGAAACAUACCCCAAAAUAAUAAGAGUCAUCUAUGACAAAUCCUUAGCCAACAUCAUACUAAAAAAGCAGAAACUGGAAGCAUUCUCCCUAAGAAUAAAAAUAAGACAAGAAUAUCCAUUCUAAACAGUCCUAUUGAAGUUACGAAGUCCUAGCCAGAGAAAUGAAAGGAAUCCAAACAGAAAACAAAGAAAGUCAAGUUAUCUUUACUGAUGAUAGAAUUGUCUACCUAGAAUACUUUAAAGAUUUCACCAGAAGACUCUGAAGCCUGAAAAAAGACUUCAAAAAAACCUCAGAAUACAAAAUCAACACAAAUGCAUAGCAUUUCUAUACACCAAUAAUAUUCAAACAGAACAAAAUAAAAAACACAGCUCUAUUUACAAUAGCCACAACAAAAAAAAAAACCAAGAAAUACAUUAAAUCAAGGGGCUAAAAUAUCUGUACAAAGAAGAAAACUGCUGAAAGAAAUGAGAGAAUGCAAAUAAAUGGAAAAAUAUUGCAUGCUGAUGGAUUCAAAGAAUAUAAUUAAACUGGUCAUUCUGACUAAAGCAACCUACAGAUUGCUAUUUUUAUCAGACUAUCCAUGAUGCUUUUUUAUAGAAUUAGAAAAAGAAAACUAUUCUAAAAUAUAUACAAAAGAAUUAAAGAGCUCAAAUAGCCAAGACAACUUCAAACUAAAAGAAUAAAUCUGGGCCGAGCAUGGUGGCUCAUGCCUGUCAUCUCAGCCCUUUGGGAGGCUUACACGGAUGGAUCACCUGAGGUCAGAAGUUUGAGACCACCCUGGCCAACAUGGUGAAACCUGCGUCUCUACUAAAUACAAAAAAUUAGCCAGAUGUGGUGGCACAUGCCUGUAAUUCUAGCUACUUGGGAGGCUGAGGCAAGAGAACCACUUGAACUGGGAGGUGGAGGUUGCAGUGAGCCAAGAUUGCAUCAGAGUAACCAGUAUAAUAUGAUUCUGGUACAAAAAUAUACAUAUAGACCAAUGAAAUGGAAGAGACAGUCCUGAAUUAAGCUAUACUUUACAACCAGGUUAUUUUUACAAAGCCAACAGAAUUAAAUCCCUAUUCAGUAAAUAAUACUGGGAAAACUCGUUAGUCAUAUGUGGAAGAAAACUGGAUUCCUACCUUUUUCUAUAUAAAAAAAUAACAUAAAUUAAAGACUUGAUCUGUGAGUCUUCAAGCUACAAAAUUCUUAGAACACUUAGAAAAUAUUGGCCUCUCUAAAGAAUUUAUGACUAACAUGAACAUGAGUGCAACAAAAAUAAAAAUAAAAAAUGACAUCUAAUUAAGGCAAAGAGCUUCUGCACAGUGAAAGAAACUAUCAACAAAGUAAACAGAUGACCUACAGUAUGAAAUAAAAUAUUUGCAAACUGCCGACAAUGAAGGAUUAAUAUGCAGAAUCUAUAAACCAUUUAAUAAAAAAGCAAACAAAUGAUAUGAAUAGCCAGCUUCUUCUCAAAGGAAGACAUAAGCACUGCCAAUAAACAUGUAAAAAUUUCUCAACAUUCCUAAUUAUCAGAAAGAUGUAAAUCAAAGUGACAGUGUGAUACCAUUUCACACAAGUAAGAAUGACUGUUAUUAAAAGUAAGAUAAAUAAGAUGUUAAAGUUGUGGAGAAAAGAAAAUCUUUCUACACUGUUGGUGGGAAUGCAAAUUAAUUCAGGGCCUGUGCAAAGCAGUUUGGAGACUUCUCAAAGAACUAGAAAUAGAAUUGCCAUUUGACUAAUCUAGCCCAUUAGUGGGUAUCUGCCCCAAAAAAGAAUAAAUAAUUUUGCCAAAGAGACACAAGCACUCACAUGUUCAUUGCAACACUAUUCACAAUAGCAAAAACAGAAUUAAACCAGUUACCCAUGAAUCUUUUAUUGGAUAAGAAAAAUGAUGUACUUAUACAACCUCCAAUACUGUGCAGCAAUGGAAGAGAAUGAAGUAAUGUCUUUUGCCGCAACAUGAAUGCAACAGAAGGCCAUUAUUCUAAGCAAACUGAUGCAUCAGAAAAACAAAUGCCACAUGUUCUCACUCAUACAUGGACGCUAAAAAUUGGGCGCACAUGGAAACAAAGAUGAAAACAAUAAGAGAAGGAACGGUGACAAGCAUUGAAAAUUGGCUUAGGUAUGAUGUAAACUACUCAGACAAUGGAAUUAUUAAGUGUUCAAACCUCAAUAUCAUGUAGUCUACCUGUUUUACGAAUCUGCACAUGUACCCCUUAAAUAUAAAAUAAAAAUAAUAAAAUGCUUUUUGGUAUAAUGACAUGUUCUAUUUUUCCAGCUCUGGGUUAAUGGUUGAAAUUAGGGGUGAAAGACAAAUUUUCACCCCUUAAGGCAUACUGGUGAAUGUUUCUAUACCAGGUCUCCUCACAUUUUAUAAGCUAACCUCUCUGAAAGUUCUUGGUCUAUAGCCCAAAAAGUGUUUUAUUUUCAAGUGUGCAGGUAAAACAAAUUACACCUUUAUCAUUUAUGUAUUAACUGUG